UGGAGCAAGUGAGCUUUUGGCAACAACUCCUGUUCCUCUAUACAUGCGUUUUAUGAUGUAUGCAUUAAAACAAAGAACAAAAUUAACUAACCCAUUAACUAUAAAUCUCUCCUCUCAUAUCAUAUCCCUAUAUAAAACCCGUAUAUCCCAGCAUCCCUUUGCACAAAUACAGUCUAUCCCAAGCCCUCUCAAUAACCUGAUCACAGAAACCUCUCACAUUCUACAUUCUAAUAUGGACUCAAAAAAGAGUGAUGAGGUGGCAAUGAGUAGUGAUGCCAAGGCCAAUUAUGAUGCCAAAGGAAAGGCUGUUGAAGGUGCUCCUCCUCCACCUCCUCCGCCUGUUGUAGUUACCACAAAAGCUACCAAAAUCCGGAAUAUCAGAGGAAAGAAAGGUCUGGCAAUUAUAGACAUCGUGCUGAGGCUCGGCGCAGGUUCAGCUGCUCUUGCUGCUGCUUACAUUGCAGGGAAUACUGAACAGAUUCUUCCCUUCUUCACACAGUUCUUCCAGUUCCAUGCUCAGUACAAUGAUCUUCCAACUUUCACGUUUUUUGUGGCUGCAAAUGCAGUGGCUGUUGGAUACAUAGCCUUCUCCUUGCCCUUCUCGAUAGUCUGCAUCGUUCGACCUCAUGCAAUAGGGCCAAGGCUACUACUUGUUUUCCUUGACACAGUUAUGGUUGCUCUAGUUAUGUCUGCAGCUGGCGCUUCUUCUGCAAUCGUAUACUUGGCUCAUAAUGGGAACUUGAACUCCAACUGGCUUGCUAUUUGUAUGCAAUAUAAUGACUUCUGCCAGGCGCUUAGUGGGGCUCUUGUGGCUUCGUUUGUCGCUGCAGUCUUUUUCAUAUUGCUGGUGGUGAAUUCUACUUUUGCUCUAAAAAGAAAAUGAGAAACCACCUCCUUACUGAAUAUCAUGCUUUAGUUAUCAUGGCCAUCACAAGCAUAUUUCAAGAGAAAGGAGAUGGAGAAGAAGAAGAAACCACAAUGGUUCUAGUUUCUGGUAUCUGUUGUGAAUUAGUAAAGUGAUGGAGUGGAGGAAUUGUGUUGGGUGGGUUUGAUUGAAUGCCAGGGACAUAUGUUAUCUGUGUAUAUUAUUAAUUGCAUCAUAAUAAUUAGGAUUUAUGUAAACUAUUAAAGUAAUGGAGGAAUUGUGUGGGUUUGUUUCAA